GCCUGUGGGCAGAGAGGAAUAGCAUUUCCAUUAUCUUUUGGCUUUCACACUGUCAGGGCUUGUUACCCUGCUAACCUAUUACCCAAAAAAAAUCCAUGGUGGGGGAAUGUAUAGAGAGCUGUUCUGGUAGCUACGUAUGUACCUGGAGAAAAGGCGUUAGGCCCCUCACAGGGUUUAGAUACGUAGUUAGUUGGACCUUCCUUUCAACUUGCUGACAGGUUAGCUAGUUAACAGCUCACGAUAGCUAGCAAUGUGAACUAAGCCAUCAAAGUGGUGGUACAGAAACUCUCCACAACAGCUAACUGGUCAUCGCUCUCAUGUGCCCAUGGAGAAGGCAGCCUUUGAGGGGUGGCUGGAGUCAGUCUCCACCUCUUUCCUUUUGCUGAAUGACCAGCAGCGCAAUCAGUCCCUGGACCAGCUCAUAUCCCUGAGCGGUGCUGCCCAGCUCCGUCAUCUUUCCAAUGGACUGGAGACAUUGCUCAAGCGUGACUUCCUGCGCCUCCUUCCACUGGAGCUGACCUUUUACCUGCUGCGCUGGCUGGAUCCCCAGACCCUGCUCACCUGCUGCCUGGUGUGUAAGCAGUGGAAUAAGGUGAUAAACUCCUGUACGGAGGUAUGGCAGGGUGUGUGUCGCGAACUUGGCUGGCGGAUCGACGAGUCGAUUCAGGAUGCGUCGCACUGGAAGGGGGUCUACUUAAAGGCCAAGCUCCGCAUGAUGCAGCUGAAGGAUCAGGAAGCUUUCGAGACAUCCUCACUCAUUGGCCACAGUGCUCGUGUUUAUGCCCUCUACUAUAAGGAUGGCCUUCUCUGCACAGGGUCUGACGACCUUUCUGCCAAACUAUGGGAUGUCCACACUGGGCAGUGCAUCUAUGGCAUUCAGACACACACAUGCGCCACAGUGAAAUUUGAUGAACAGAAGCUGGUCACUGGGUCCUUUGACAACACCAUUGCAUGCUGGGAGUGGAGCACGGGGGCUAAAAUCCAGCAGUUCCGUGGACACACAGGGGCAGUCUUCAGUGUCGACUACAAUGACGAGCUGGACACACUCGUGAGUGGCUCUGCAGAUUUCACAGUGAAGGUCUGGGCUUUGUCAGCUGGUGCUUGUCUCAACACUUUAACAGGGCACACUGAGUGGGUCACCAAGGUGAUACUGCAGAAAAGUGAAGUAGAAUCUAUGGUGCACAGUCCUGGUGAUUAUAUCCUCUUAAGUGCUGAUAAGUAUGAAAUUAAGGUUUGGCCUUUAGGGAGAGAGAUAAACUGCAAGUGCUUGAAGACCCUGUCAGUGUCGGAGGAUCGCAGCGUCAGCCUUCAGCCACGCCUGCAGUUUGAUGGACGCUACAUUGUCUGCAGCUCUGACCUCGGAGUUUAUCAGUGGGACUUUGCCAGUUUUGAGAUUCUCAGGGUGAUAAAAAUGCAGGACCCGGCAAACCUCUCCUUGCUCAGCUUUGGCGAGGUGUUCGCCCUCCUAUUUGACAACCACUUCCUCUAUGUGAUGGACCUGAGGACAGAGGCUAUAUCAGGCCGCUGGCCUCUGCCAGCCUACAGAAAGUCUAAACGAGGAUCCAGUUUCCUGGCUGGUGUGACUUCAUGGCUCAAUGGCCUGGAUGGGGGGAAUGACUCUGGACUUGUGUUUGCCACGAGCAUGCCCGACCAUAGCAUUCACUUAGUUCUGUGGAAGGAGAAUGGAUAAAUUAAAAAAAUAUACACCAAACACUAGACUGCUUGGAUAUGAACUGCCAUUUCCAUGUGUGCUCUGGAAUAUAUGAAAAUUCACAGCCAAGUUAGAUAAUGCAUGGACCAAAGUGUUUUUGUUUGGUUAUUUUUCUACUAUUUCUUUCUCAGUAUACACUCCUCCAGAAACAAACAUGAUGUCUCGCAGAAGGAGUACAAAUGAAUGACAAACUUUCAAAGAUGGACAGAACCCUCACUGAUUACACUCAUUCAGUGCUAGAUAAGCACUUGUUUGUGAUUGCUCACAAAACCUGUGAACCUCUCAUCAUUUUUCUGAUCAUGGACAAGAGAAGAUGGCUGAAAGAAGACAACCCUUGAAGCCCACAAUAAUGUCGACAGCAAAUACAAAAGUAAUGUUAAAGAAUUUAACAUAAAUUACUACUAUAAAUAUUCUCCUCUAUUAGAUUUUCCUUAGACUUGGAAGAAGUGUUUUGGAAAUGUUUUUUUGGCAAAUGAGCUCACUGGUCAACUUAACAUUGUGCACUGAGAAUGUUGGUAGGGGUUUCACCUCGGUGUCUAGUGAUUAUGUAGUGACAUCGGCCACUUCUACUUUUCCCCAUAAUAAGCCUUGACCGAUGUGCUGUAGCUAAAAUAUGCUAUCAUUGCUUUACAGCCAAAUGGUAAGCUGAUCAUAGAGCGUAUCUGCCAAAAAAUAUUUAGCAAGUUACUUUAAAGGGAUGGUAAACAGGGAUUCAUUCAGGCUGGGGAGAAUAGAAAGUGAGGUUGUGUUCUGAUUGGAUCGCUCCAUUCGUACAUAUGAAAGUAACUUUUUAAUCCCCAGCAAAAUCGUUUGAGUCAGGAGAAAACAAACAACAGGCCUCUCUCUGCAUAGACCAUAAAUCAUUUUAUUAUGAAACAUUUUGCACAUUUUAGUUUACCAUCCCUUUAAGAAAAGCAGGGCUGCCUUAAAAUACAGGACUCGGUAAUAUUGGAGAAUAUCUCCCUUAACAUUGGUGCAACAUGCCCUACGUUUUUACAGACCAUCAAGGAGGAUGUGUGUUGGAAAGUGUCUGGUACGUUGUGUUUGUACCAUGUGAUAUACUGAGAGGAAAUGUCAUGUAAUUCCACCGAUUUGCUAUAUGCUUUUCUAAGGGAUGUCUGUUUUAAACAUGUCAGCUUGAGAGAUGUGGUUAGGUGCCUUUUCAUUUGAUUUGAUGUUACAAACUAGAAUCCUUUGAUGAGUCUGGCACAUUGCAAUAAGGUGAUGACUGCAUUGUAAAUCUUAUUUUUAAUUUUUUUCAUACUUACCAUGCUGAAACCGUCUAAGAUGUCUGUAAUUUUAAUCGCUGACAUAACUUGCUCAGUGAAUUGCUUUUAUGAAUUGUCAACUGUGUUAAACAUCAGGUUUAUUUUUCUAAAGGCCUCAGUGUGUAAUACAGUUGAGUAAGUGACUUGGCAUGCAGUUGGCUCUGCAAGUUGAUGAUUUUAGACAUAGAGGUUAAGUUUGAAUACAUGGUUCUUGGCAUAGGCGGAGAAACAUUUAUCUCAAAUCAUACCCCGUUCAGUUAGUUUUUACCACUAUUUUAUUUUACGUUUUUCCUCAAAUGGAAGUUUUUCUGCUUGUACCUCCACUUUCAGUUCUACAAAACUGGAAUUUCCACUAACAAUUGUGCGCUUUUUCUCAGAAUGUGUCUUCCUAUGCAGUGGCAGGCCACAAGUCACCAUUGACAGACAGCAGAGGACAUGGAACGACAAUGUUCACCAAACCUCAUUAAUCACAGAACAGCUUGCUGACGUUCUGUAUUGACCAUAAUCGUUCUUCACAUGCCUUUGUGCACGGAUAUUUCCAAUUGAGUGAAGUUUACUCAAAUCUAAUUUAAAUGCCACAAUGAUAUUCUUUACAAUCGUCAGUUCCAUAUAAUUCAAGUAAUUGCACUACAUCAUGCCCCACCUGUCACCACUCAGUUAAACUGUGCCAGAUUUACCUCGGCCCAGCAUUUUCACAUUUGGUUUGGAAUUAUAAUAACAUAUGUUGUACAUACAGUGAAGAAUUGACACGGGCCAGCGUACGCAUAAAAUAGGACACAAUUUUUUUUUUUUUUUUGUUAUGUUAGACGACUGAGGUUCAGUUGUCGUUGCAUUGGAGUACUGCACAACAUUUAAUUUCACUAAACUUAAUAUUGCACCAUCUUAGCGGCUCAACUGCAUCCAUCUACGGUCAGCUUAACUAUUGCAGUCUUUCAAAUAAAUGAAAGUAGCAAA